GAGGCGGAGGAAGAAGGUUCCCCAGAGGCCCAGGACUCGGAUGCUCAGUGGCUGGAGGACAUGGGCUUCGAGGAAUCAGACGUGGCGGCAGCGCUCGCGGAGGCAGGCGGAAACCCCGACGAGGCACUCAGCACCCUGCGCAAGCGAGCGGCUCCCGCUUGCAACGAGGCUGAAUCGCCUGAGACGAAGAGGUCCAAGGCGACCUUCGAGGUCGAAGGUCUGCCCUGCAGAGCUGUUGGCUCGCGACUGAUUCUGCAUCUGCCCCGUCUGGGUGUAGAUGGUCCGCCGGUCGGAAAGACCCGCAAAGACGGCAGUAUGCUCCUGGAGGUCGACGAAUGGAUACGCGAGCUAUUCGACGCCGCCCCUCCGCGCGCCGAGCCUUCCAGCCCAGAUGGCUUUGACGUGAGCGCGGCCGUAGAGGCCCUGAGUGCGGAGAGGCCCUGGCUGUGGCAGGGCUUUGCGACCCAGCAGGAGGUGAUGCAGGCUGCCGCCGAGCUGGAUGGCCUCCGCGAGCGAGGUGUGCUGAAGGCUGCCAAUGCUGACACCACGGGCGCGCAGAAGGCUCGCAGCGACAGGGUCGCGUUUCUUGAGCUGGACGACGACAAGCCCCAGCACUGUUUGCGGCUAUUUCGGCGUAUGGAGGCAGCGGUGGCCACGCUGCCAUGGAGUGAGGGAGGACAGCUGCUGCGUCCAAAGUUUGGCAUGGCAGCUGUCUACGACAAAGGUGGAAGUUAUGCUCCGCACAGAGACAACGAACGUACUGGCCAAAGCCUUCGCCAGUGGGUCCGUCAACUUUCGGGCUCUCACUGCGGUGAUCUAUGUCAAUCCUACAGGCUUCGGGUGCGCUGA